AUGUCUUUUUUCGGCCCAUCGACUACCACCAAAAUAGAAUUAGUUAUUAUUAUAUUCAUUUGCAUAUACUUAUGGUUUCGAUACAAAUAUUCUUAUUGGGCUAGAAAGGGAGUCGUCGGCCCGACACCCGUAUUCCCUUAUGGAAACCUACGCGAUGUGAUAAAGAGGAAAAAGCAGUUCUUUCAGCCGUAUUGUGAUAGUUAUAUCAAGUAUAAACAUUUGCCGUAUGUGGGCAUGUAUACUUUCGACAGACCUGUGUUGUGUGUAAAUGACCCAGAAAUCGCCAAGUUGAUAUUGAUUCGAGAUUUCGAUCAUUUCCAAUCGCAUGGCAUGUUUUCGGGAGGGGUCGGAGACCCUUUGGCUGGCCACUUGUUCAACAAGCAAGGUAGCGUUUGGAAAAGCUUGAGGACCAAAUUGUCUGCUUCAUUUUCAACGGGGAAGCUGAAAGGAAUGUACCCUCUAGUCGAGAAGAUAGCCAGUGAGGCACUAGUGUACGCCGACCAGCUCCACUCAAACGGUGAAACUAUGAAUAUUUCUGAGUUCUACGACAAAUAUUCGAUGGAGAUAAUCGGAAGUAUCGGCUUUGGAAUAGAGUGCAACGGAUUUAGAAAUCCUAAUUCGGAGUUCUACCUUCGAGGCCACGAAUAUUUUAAUCCAAAAUCUAUAUAUUGGACAAUGACCCGUGCUGUAGCAUUUUUCGCACCAAACUUGUUUAAUUUGUUGAAAAUCAAAAGGAUCAGUCCGAAAAUAUUGAACUUUUUCUUUAAUCUGGUGGAAGAGACAGUGGGAUAUCGGAAGAAGCAUUCUUACAAGAGGAAUGAUUUCUUGCAGACGUUAAUAGAGUUGAAGGAGGGGAGCGUAGAUGGUGAAUCAGAUGACUCCAAAGAUAAGAUACCCUUUUCUAUGCAAGAUGUGGCAGCAAACGCUUUGCUGUAUAUGUUUGCUGGAUAUGAAACAUCAGCGACGACUGGCCAGUUUGCUGCUUACGAGCUGGCUGUUAACCCUCCCAUUCAGGACAGAGCCAGAGAAGAAGUUCGCAAAGUCCUAGCCAAGUAUGACGGAGUGUGCACCUAUGAAGCCCAGAAUGAGAUGGUCUAUUUGAACAUGGUUUUGGAUGAAACGAUGAGGAAGUACCCACCGAUGAGAGCAUUAUUCAGAAAAUGCACCAAGGAUUACACGUUGCCGGAUAAUUUGAAGAUCGAAAAGGGAACAUUAAUAUUUGUGCCCAUCCACGGAAUACAGAUGGACCCAGAUAUAUUUCCGGACCCAGAGAAAUUCGACCCGGAAAGAUUUUCCCCGGAGAAUAAAGUCAGAAUACACCCGUGCCACUGGAUGCCGUUUGGUGAGGGCCCCAGGAAAUGCUUAGGUCUCCGUCAAGGGUACAUUCAGUCGAAGAUGGCGCUGGUGAAGCUAUUGCACAAGUACGAGUUGACAUUAGACGAGAGAACACCGGUCCCUAUCAGGAUCAAGGCCAGCUCGAUGGCGUGCGCGGCCGACGGCGGCGUGUGGAUCAAUCUCAAGAAGUUGAAAUCCUAAACUUAAAUGUACCCAAUUGUAUUGUACCAUAAUUAACUGUACCAAAAUAUUUUAUAGGAUUUUCUCCAAACCGAUGUAAGUAGAUGUAAAUAAAUUAUGAAGUAUGGAAUGACAUAAGUAACCUAACCCUUCCGAUAGAAAAUUAUCAAGUUGAAGAGAGGAAUAUUGCAAAAGAUGGACCUGUAGAAUAUAACCAUAAAGUUUUAAAAGAACUCUCUAUCAACCUUACAAAUAAAAAAUAAAUCAGGGAUGUACGUGGGUUUAAG